CCUUGUCACACAACGCAGGGCCCCUGACCAAGGAGAGAUAGCACUGGAGCUAGGGAGUGCCAAACGGAGAGAGAGAGAGGGAGAGAAAGAGAUAUAGCCCAGAGAGUUGAGAGAGAGGACUGACUAUGCCAGCGUACGCCACCAACAUGAGGUUCAAGUUCCCCAUUCUUGCACUGAUCCUGGAGUUUAUCACCAUCAUCCUCUAUGCCGUGUUUGUGGUUUACGAUGACGGCAAGUCCUCGCAUCAUGAUGACCACAGCAACAAGACGGAACAUGACAGUAACCCCCUGAGCCUGUACCCCAUGUUCCAGGAUGUCCAUGUGAUGAUCUUCAUCGGUUUUGGCUUCCUGAUGACCUUCCUGAAGCGCUAUGGCUUCAGCAGCGUGGGCAUCAACCUGCUCCUGGCCGCCUUCGGCCUUCAGUGGGGGCUGCUGCUGCAGAACUUCUGGCACAUGGAGGACGGCAAGAUCAAAGUGGGCAUCGUCAACAUGAUCAACGCUGACUUCAGCACGGCCACGGUGCUCAUCUCCUUUGGAGCGGUCUUGGGAAAAACCAGCCCUGUGCAGCUUCUCAUCAUGACCCUGCUGGAGAUUACCACCUUUGCCAUCAAUGAGCACAUCGUUGUGGAAAUCUUGAAAGCCUCUGAUAUUGGAGCAUCUAUGACCAUCCAUGCCUUUGGUGCCUACUUUGGCCUGGCUGCGGCCCGCAUGCUGUACCGCCCUGCUCUGAGGAACGGCCACGAGAACGACGGCUCUGUGUACCACUCUGACAUGUUCGCCAUGAUCGGUACGGUCUACCUGUGGAUGUUCUGGCCCAGUUUCAACUCUGCCAUUGCUGAGCCUGGCUUCCCCCAACUCGUGGCCAUCACCAACACUUACUUCUCCCUGGCUGCAUGUGCUCUCUCGGCCUACGCCACCUCCAGCCUGGUGGAGCAUAAUGGAAAACUCGACAUGGUGCACAUUCAGAAUGCCACCCUUGCUGGAGGUGUUGCUGUGGGAACUUGUGCCAAUAUGACCAUUGGCCCAUUUGGUGCCAUGGUGAUCGGCCUUCUGGCUGGCAUCAUCUCCACGCUUGGCUUCAAGUUCCUCACUCCCAUUCUGGCAUCAAGCCUGGGCAUCCAGGACACCUGCGGCGUCCACAACCUGCACGGCAUGCCUGGCAUCCUUGGCGGCCUGGCUGGAAUCGUGGCAACGGCUCUUGGCAAGCUUCAAGGUGGGGAUCCCACCAAGCAGGCUGCAGGCCUGGCCUCCUCUCUGGGAUUCGCCCUGGUUGGUGGAGCCAUCACAGGCCUUAUAAUGAAGCUUCCAUUCUGGAGUCAGCCUCCAGACCAGAAUUGCUUUGAUGACUCCAUCUACUGGGAGGUUCCUGAGGAGGAGGAUGACAACGAGGAAAGUCUGGCCCACGGAGAUCAUUCCAAAAAUAAGACAGAACCUUAGGGUCGAGUACAGAUAUCACACACUUCAUGGUUGUGAGUUAGGCAUGAUAGUCACCAGGUGGAUUUAGAGCAGUUCCUGACUGAAGCAAUAGAAGUUCUGAGUGUUUUGACAGGCAUGUUUUGAGCAAGGCUUUUCAUUUUUAGAUUCAAAUUGUAUAGUCAUGCACUGGCAUGAUUCAAACCAAAAAGCACCAUUUUUCAUUAUGUCAACAUGAAUUCAUCCUUAGUGAACGCACACACACACACACCAACCAAAGUUUUUUGGCUGGGUGAACAUGCUUCAGAAAAUGCACCUAGUGUGUGUUAUCAAUGAGAUAUUCUAAAGAGGUCUUACAGUGAUUUGCAUUUAGUUUUUUGUUUACCCCACACCUUAGUAAUUAUAACAGUAAGCAGAGGGUCUAUGAACAUUAUAACAAUAACAGGAACAUUCUGUGUGAAAACAUUCCACGAUACAGAAUGCUAUUAAAGCAGGAAUAUGUAUGGCUGUGAUUGGUGAUGGCACCAGUAAAGCUGAUGAUUAAUUGUGCACAUUAAACUGUCAACACCAACUCCCAUACAGUACAUGUACACAACCACAAAUAUAUCAGAGCAAUCAUGGAUUUAUUUGUUCCUUUGCAAUAAGCUUUUUUUACAUUCUUAGUAAAGGUUAUUGACCUGACUGCUCUGGACACAACUUUUAGGAGCUUUCCUAUGGAGAGAGGCAGAGACACUCUGACGGGGUUACUUUAGGGUUGUCACCUGUGCUUUUACUGAGAAUGUACGAUGGAUAAAUAACUCAGGAUAGAGUGAGGCAGAGGUUUGCUGGUCUUUAGUCCAGCAGCCGUCUUCUAUCACACUAACAUCACGCUCGCCUCUGGUCUUCACAGGCAAGCACAGCCUGGUUCAAACAAUAAAUAUUCUUAUGUUGUGAUA